CGGCCAUGGUAUAUCGGCCGGGUUGAAGGUGCCGCGCGCGCUGCUGAUGCAAUGCAUGAAGACUUGCUGGUCUAUUCUGGCUCUGGCAUGUCUGGUGGGGAAUGCUGCGCAAACACCUCCUAAAUGGUUAUCUCGCACAGGUUAGUUGCUUCGUUGUCCAUUUGUCAGCUGUCAGUUUGCAAGGAACCUUAAGUGGGUACGUGUAUGCAAACAUGUCUGGAUAAGAGAAUCUUAGCAUGUUCAAGAAAGUACUGCCUAAGCCAACUGAUGUGUCCUGCCUAGGUAGGGCUCAGAUAUGUCUACAUGUAUAUCACCAUCUCCGUCUUUCCUGCUGUACUGAAUUGUUGUACACCAGUCAGUGUAAUUCAUCAGUGGAUCCCCCACAACAACCCGUGCAAGAUGACAACCCUGCUCAGUUAAUAAGGGAGACAAACUGCCUUGUAUGCCAAGGUGUUGAGUCUGGGAACAAUCAAAGAAUGGCUCAGUGUGGCACUGGAGCACUCAUCAGGUCGUCUGGUGCAAAAAACAUUGGAAGCCAGUGCAUGCACUACCUUGGUCAGCUUCUGCAGUUACGGCGAUGGAAAAGUGGUCAUUCAGUAGCACCUGCAUUGGGUCAUGUAUACCCAGGUAACGGAGGAGGAAGUCGAGAUUUGAAAAGGUUUCUGGAAGAGGUUGGUACAAAUCCCAAGGAAGCCCGAUAUUGGUUGAAGCAGUUUCAAUUGGUAGGAGGUUCAACACCAUCCAGGCCAUUUGCUGUAGUACAAGUUGAUCAAGAGAUAUUCCAGCAUUCUCAGCAGCUGAAGGCCCUGAGUUCUACCCUUGCCUUUCUACAUCGUAACGACAUGAAAUUGCUUGUUGUCCAUGGAGCUAAUCUGCCUGAUGAUAAAUACUUAUCCGAUCAGGAGUUGCAGAACAGUCGUCAUCAAGUAACAACAGAAACUAUGGUGAUGGUUAACUUCCUGGAAGCCAGUGGGGCUCCUGCACAUCCCAUUUUUUCGGGGAGUAAUGUCCUACGAGCUGAAAAUGUUGGAAGAGGGACUAAGGGGAAGGUUAUCAAUGUCAACAAGGAGGCACUAGAAUGGUGCAUCAGUUCUGGUCACAUCCCUGUGUUGAGCUCUAUUGGAGAAACGAGCAGUUCUCAGCUGGUCAGUAUAGAUGCAGCACAUGCCACAGCAGAAGUAGCUAAGGCUGUUCAAGCAAUGAAAGUGUUGUUUUUGAACACAACAGGAGGAUUACGAGACCGUUCAGGGAAGAUAAUAGAGGAGGUUCAUAUACCAGCAGAUCUGGAUGCCUUGAUGAAGCAGUCGUGUAGUAGCCAAGACCAUAGAACCAAAGAGCUAGUAUCUGGUCUGGUAGCUGAUCUCCCUCCAUUGUCUAGUGUAGUCAUCACAUCAGCUAGGACUAUCCUCACAGAGCUGUUUACACAUCAUGGCUCAGGAACCAUGUUCAAGAAGACGGAACGAAUCUUUAAGUAUUCAAGCUUAAAAGAUGUGGAUAUUGACAGACUCAAGAAACUUCUAACAAGGUCCUUUGGGAGGGUCUUAAAGGACAACUACUUCCAAGAGCUUGAGGGUCGACUGCAUACUAUCUACCUAUCAGAGGGAUAUAGUGCAGCAGCUAUCAUUACACAGGAGGUUGGGGUCACUAUACCUUAUCUUGACAAGUUUUCAAUAAGUCUUCAAAGACAGGGUGAGGGUACCAGUGAUAUGCUGUGGAAUUGUGUCAGGAGGGAUUUUCCAAGUCUGUUUUGGCGAUCCAGGAUCUCCAACAAGGUCAAUGCGUGGUAUUUUAAGCGUUCCGAAGGCAGCUGGAGCAACAGCAAAUGGACAGUGUUUUGGUACGGCAUCUCCAACCAACAGUUGUCCUACACACUAGUGGAAUGGGCCGUCAAGAAGCCACAAUCAUUUCAUGACACAGAUGAUGAAGAUGAAUGGACAGCCAUCACGGAGUCAUUAUGAGGUACUAGAAAGAUGCAUAUAAGAAUUGAUUGUCAGGAAGAAUAUAUUCAUGCAGGGACUACAGAUUACCAAAGAUAAUGGCAGUUCCACGUAAGUGGGCACUAGUUAUUUGAUCUGAAAAUGAAUUUGUAAAUAGAAUUUGUACCACUGUCAAGAAAAGACUGACUUGAAGUCAGCAUGUUUAGACAUGUGUUAGAACUGAGAAGUACGAUUUCCAGUUUUAGACACCUGUUUUGCAUGGAAAUUUCCCCUCGUUUCAUGUAUGUCUAUUCAGUGAUGAUCUCCCCUUCAAUUAACAAGUAAUUAAAGGAAUGUAGAUGUUAUCUUUUUAAUACAUGUAUGUAGAAUGAAAAUAAGUUAUUUUCUACUUGUAUUCUGUGGGGAGUGGAGUGUCCCAAUUUGGGCAAUAGGCCCAUGUCAUAAUGGAAGUUCAGAAACCUCCUUCAUUGACACUGAAUUCACCUUGAAGAUUUUUUUUUUAAAUUGAUAUUCUCGCCUGACCUGUUUUAUAUACCGAGCUGUGGAAAGAAAUUAUGAAGCUUAUAAUUGAUAUUUGCGGCUAGUAUUCACUGUACAAAAAGUGAAUAGCUUGAACCACUAUGGUGUCCCCCUUCCAAACGGUAACCCACAAACAAAGGGAUAUGAUCAAGCUAUGAAUGCAAUGACCAUUAUUAUGGUUUUAUCAUAAACUAGGGGCAGUAAGCUUUCCAUUGAUAUCUUUAUUGCAUUCCUCUGGUCAUGCAUCACUGUCAGAGCUCUUUUGUAUUGAAAAUGUUGGGGCAAAAAAGUGUGAACACAACCAGACAAGUAACUUCAAGGAAUAUUCAAGUAAACAUGAAUAAAACAGGAGUUCCAUCAAUUGGUGGUCUGGUGUUGCAGCGUGAGUUACAUUUUGAACAUCAAAGGAAUGGUUAAUGCAUCUUCCUAACAGCACCCCAUCCCACAGACUCAUUGCUGUCAGGAAUCAUGCUAUGGGAUGACCUCCCAUCCCAGGUCACUGGAUUGGACUCCUUGUGACCCUAUUUUUUUUUUUAAAUUGGGGGGGGGGGGGAUAUUUCAAGAACAAGGAUUUCAAAUCCUUGUUGUGUGCUAUGUCGACUUCAGAAUUUGUUGUGCAAUGUAGCAUGGUCCUCUCAAUUUGAACUGUAUUGUAUUGGUAUAUUUUUAAGUGAGUUAUAGUGAUCUGUGUGUAUUGUACUAUAUAUUGGUUUAGUGGUGUUAUGUAAUGUCUUUGUUCAGAAAUGCCAGUUGAAGCUGAAUUUCUGUACUUUUUAGUGUGGAUAAUAAAUUUGAAUUUGAGUGGAAUUUGAAAAGUCCACUGCCCAACAUUCAGGAUUUGCAGGUUUGCAUUUAGCACGAGGUGGACAAUUUACAUGAUCAACCUGCAGUGGUGAGAUGGGCCAUGGGAGAUAUGCACCACCGCUGUGGACUAAUUAGGGCAGGCCAUGUGCAAGGUGAUGCAUCUGGCUAAGGUGGUGAAUCCUGAACGAUUAAUAUUAUCAAUUGACAGUAAUUAUGUUUUGUUCAUGUUUGCAAGUUAAAUGUCCCUUGAUCCUACUUGUUUUAUGUCUGGAUGUGCUUAUCAUGUUUUACCUAAAACUGUCCCAAGAAGGUUUUCAUUUACCAUUUUCAAGACAAUAUAACUUAGUGAUGCGUAACAAGAGAAAUGCAUCCAAGAUAUCACUGGAAAGCUUACUGCCCCUAGUUUAUGAUUGACAAUAAUAAUGGUCAUUAAGUAAAUAGCUUGGCUACCUUU